AUGUGGGCUGAUGCACGUCCUUUUACAAAAGAGUCGAAGAGCUUUUCCGCCGUUAGUUGGCGUCUUCAAAAGCGUCUUGAGGAAGUUGUCACAGCAUCUGUCAAAUGUCUUGCUUGGUCUCAAGAGUCAUUUUUCUCUGAACUUCCUUCUGGCCUGUUAUGUGCCGCUCGGGAUGGCACAUUAACACUUCUGCGAUCCAGCGCUUCGGAAUGCGAGGACACUCCAAAAUAUUCAUCCACAGAGCCACGUUUCAGUGUCGAUUGUGAGUCGCUGAAGUCGGAAUCAUUAUCGGAGAACUCUUUGCCGAAAGAAACCUCUUGUUCCGAAUCAACUCAAGUCACAUGGAAACCAGUGUGGAUGGGGAAGGUUCAAGGUGAAUCUAGUACGGACAGUGACACAUCCGCCUCGACCACUCUAACCGAUCAUCUCGCCGUGAUCGACCAGAAAUUUGCCGUUCUUUUGGGAGAAUGGCAACACGCACCGGAUGUGGUUUUGGCGAUUCAUCCAGAGGACGGUAGUUUGAUAGUUUGGUAUGUGCAUGGCUUGGAUUUAUCCGUUCCCAAUCCAAACGGGAUACAAACACAACACGUUCGCCUGGUCGAGGAGUUCGGUGGUCGCAGCAAUGUUGAAUCGGUUUUCAUAAAUACCCCUAACUUGGGUACUCAGUACUCACAGGUUACGGCCAGUUUGCGUUCGCGUUUACACGAGGCAUUCCCAUUAUCCGAGGCACAGUCCAUCGUGCCAGGCGGUUUAUUCUUUUAUUUGACGUCGGCACCUAUGAACCGGCAUCAGUUACAACUGGCUAGGGUGGGACCUCAUGAAAGUCACAGCGAACUAAUCUUGUGGAGUGUGGGUCCAGUUGGUCCAUUGACGCGCUCGGCCAGUGGUGGUCCAUCCGCGGAGCUGCUGUGCUCGCGCUGUGAUCAUAACAAUGAAAAACAUGAGCCUGUGUCUCCAGUUCCACCUAUGGAUUCGAUGGAGGCAACAGUGACCGAUCUGUUCACCCAUGGAGGAUGUUCAUUUCAGGGUGGUUUGUCUGAAGUAGCUCGCAUAGACGUAUCCCAUUCAUCUAAAGCCCACACUUGGUUCGACGAUCUUGCCUGGUUCCCUUGCCUUCUGACCACUUCUCUCACUCCUUAUCCAGUGGCUUUGUUUGUUGGAAGUGUAACAUCAGAGUUGGAUGGAACGGAGCAACUUGGUUGUUUUCUUGCAUUAGCUGAUGCCGGAAGUAGUGUCUGUCAGAAGACUAGUAGUGUCGUACGACCUAUGGAUUUUGCGAGCUCCGAUACGGCUGGGUUUUUGGUGCAUCUCCGGGUUGUGUUACCGCACAGUUCUCGAUGCAGUCCACCAAUGUCAAAUGAAAAAGCCACCAGUUUAUCUCCGGAAACAUUAUUGUUUCACAUAUUCCCGAGGGAGCUGAUUCCGGGUGCAAAAGCCGAAGAUGAGAUCGAGGUACUAAAGUCCGGUAAGAAGAGUUCGAGCUAUUUCAUAGUUCGACUUACUCGUUGGGACUUGAAGUCAACGGAAUGCUCAACCAAGGAAAUCGGCACAUGUCAACUAGAAAUGUGGCGUAUCCGGGUAAUCGAGGCCGAUUUCAUUUUGGAUUCAGAGGUUGAUUCUCAGUCUUGUCCGACUCAACUAACAUCGUUCGACAACUUGCUGGAUGUUGAAAAGACAAUGCCUUCUAUUCAGUUGGACUGGGUCAGUACAGAAGAUGGAGGACAUUUAUUAUCUGUGAUGAUUGGGUCGCGGGUUGUAGUCUACGCGCCUACUUGCCAAAUUAUAUCUUACGGCUCUGGUCAUCAUCAGUUCCAGUCCACCUUGAUGACAACAUUGGGUGAAGUUUACCUGUCGUGGACGCGUGUGGCAUCUGCAAAAGUUCACAUAUCCGGCGGUGUUUCAAGCGAGCUGAAAUCCAUUGAGGGCCACCCAACGAUGAAUCUCGAUGUUUUGCAUACCUCGAAACAGCAUGGUUCAAGGCAUCGAAACGCUGUGUGGUUGCGUGAUGGUUUAUUACUGGUCGGUGCUCAGGCUGAAAUGUACGUGUAUAGUCAGUGGCCCAACACCAAGUCAGCCCAAAGCGUCGAGGGGGCUGAUGCAACCGACGAUUCCGCUGUGUCUGGUACUGCAAUGGAAACCAACACUCCAGUGACUACAAACGUGGACCAAGCUCGUUCGACGUCAGUUGAGAACCAUAGUAACAAAUGCGCUAUACCCACUCAAGUCGGUUCUUCCUCUGAAACACUCAACCAACCUUUGUUGAACAACUUGGGUCUUUUUGAAUCCAUCCAGAGCUCGCUCGGACCUGAUGUUCCGGGGACAAACUCGAGCUCGGGAGCGCCCGGUCUGUCCACCGGUAAUAACAACAGGGUGACUGUGAACCCAAACAAUACACUCGAGGCCCCGACGAUACCACCCCUGCCUCUGUAUGUGCUGCUUGCAGUGGACGAAUUGCGUUCAUCAGAUUUGAUGCAAGAUACAUCUGAACGUGACACUGCUUUUGACCCAAUGGAUGAUUUAAUUUCCAAGACUCCGACAGAUGAAGCAAAUUUGUUUAAAAUACAGGAGGAUGAUGCUAAAACAGAUCUGUCGGAUGAAGCGUUCCAUGAUUCAGACGAGCCGCUGAGUUCACACAGGAAGCGAUCGGAAAUGAAUCGCACCAAAGGAAGCGCGGCUGAACAGGCUGGACUGAGCAUGUGGUCUCUGAAACCCAACUCCUUGGCAGCCAUGAGUCGAUUUCUACCGGAAGAUGCCCGUCUGUUGACGGAAUUCUUGGCCACACAUCAACUUCCUGGUUUAUCUCCAUUGGAUCAAAUGUACUUAUUGGGUAUCGCCGACUUGAUGGCCAAUACUCAUACAGAGACGACAGAACGUUUAGCUGGUAUGCAAUCUGCAGCAAUGGACGUGUGUGUUCGGCGAUUAGAUGAAUGUGGACUCCGUUUUCUGCUGACGGUGCAACUGUAUUCUUACCUCAGCCGAACGCUGCCUCCUGCUCGACGCGCUCAGCUACUGAUUGCUCGGACCGCAUUCCAAACAACCAAGGAUCCUAUGGAGGCCGUUGUAUUCUAUUUGGCAAUGCACAAAGCCAAAAUGGUUGCUGGAUUGUUCAAAACCAUUGGAAACAAGACCCUGGAAAAUUUCUUCCGUUCCGACUUCGAACCGGGUCUUCCUGCUUGUCGACAGGCAAAACUCAAUGCAUUUCGCCUUCUCAGUCAGCAUCGCUAUGCUCAAGCAGCUGGCUUGUUUUUGCUCGCUGGUUGCCUAGACGAUGCUAUUCGUGUUUGUUUAGACACGUUGAAAGACUUGCAAUUGGCCGUGGUACUUGUGCGGUUGUAUACGAGCACCACACCUGGAUUAGAUAAUCGAGCUCCAGACUCUCCCUAUCCUCAGCUGCUGCGCAAACACGUAGUGACGCAUGAAGAUCCAUUCUUAAGAAGUAUGGCUUAUUGGACCUUGGGAGAUCCGUUAGCAGCACUGCAGACGUUACUCGAGGGCCCUAUGUUGUCGAUUUCUGAUAAUCAAAAAUUGGAUCCAUCUGUGUCUUCAGAACAGUUACCUGGUAGGAUUUCUAUCCAGAGUCCUCAGCAUCCGCAAUUGCUCGAACGGAAUACCAGUCUUGCUGGUCAAAGUACCCUGGCAACAGGCUUGGCUUAUCAUUCUGUCUAUCCAAGUGUAUUUAAGUUCUACACCUAUCUUCGCUCGCAUCCCUUGGUUCUGCGUCAGUGGCGUCUCAAUGCGCCCACGUCCGCUGACACGUUGGCCUUGCGGCGGCUCACCAGUUUAGAAAGGCGUCUUUAUUUCCGCACUGCACAUCACUAUUCCGCGCUGGGUUGUCCCACACUUGCACUGGAGGUCUUAACCAAACUGCCUCCACUGAUUGGCGAUGAUCAUUUUGACCGGCGUGGAAGUGUUUUCGAUCAAAGCCGACCGUCAAGGACGUCAAUUGCCUCUCAGCCAACGAGUCCGUCAAAAAAUCGCCCCAGCGAAACGGAUGUACCAGAUGACCUGUUUGCUUGGUCGACACAAGAUCCCUUCGUAACGACUGUGCGGAAUGAGUCAGAACAGUUUAAAAUUGAAUGGAGCGAUGAGGAUGAACCUGAUUCCCAGAACAAAUUAAUCGCCGCCCCCCGUGAUAAUCGGGGUCCUACACAGAUAUCCAGUCCGAAUGAUUCCCGACAAAGUGAGCCUGUGGAUCCGGAUACCUUGAAUUCAGACGAAAUUGUAGUGGACCUGAUUGCAAAUCAGUUGAAAUUUAUCGCCUGUCUAAAGAUACUCGCGGAAGAACUUAGCACGCUGGCUGCAGGUGCAGAGGUAAGUGGCUCAUUAUUCGCCUUUUUUAUUUCUAUUCCUAUCUUACACUUGGCAAAGUAUUGA